AUGUCAACCCUCCAGAGAGCCAUACAAGUGGUAACCGAAGCCGCGGAAGAAGACAAAAACCAGAAUUACUCGGAAGCGCUUCCGCUGUACGAGAAGUCCAUCCAUCGCUUUCUUCUAGCGCUUACAGAUGAAACGCUGUCCAAAAGUGCCAAAGAGGUUAUACGUCCGAAAUGUGACCAAUACUCAGACAGAGCGGCAAAAAUAAGGGCCUAUCUGGGGCUCCCGGAGCUGAGCACGCGUUUGGAUUCGGAGGUGACAACACUUGUAAACCAAUUGGACGGUGCGAUUGUCAUCGAAAAGGCCGACACCCAGUGGUCAGCGGUGGCCGGACUCGAGGCGGCGAAAGACACGCUGCGAACGGCGCUAAUAAUGCCGCACAAGUUUCCGCACCCAAUCGCUGGCCGUCGGCCGCCGUGGAAAGGGAUCCUAUUGGUGGGCGCGCCCGGUGUCGGCAAAUCACUGCUGGUUAAAGCCGUGGCCACCGAAGCGGCCGACUAUUGGACAUUCUUUGUGGUGUCCAUCGAUAAACUGAUCCCCAAAUGGCUGUCUUGUGGCGGGAAAGAGGCUGUGACUGAACUGUUGGCAGCGAUUGGCCGACACCGAGAGCCGAGUGUUGUAUUCAUAAACGAUAUCAGUUUCCUCACGAGUGGAUCCAUUGAUGGCACCGUCGAUGACGAGUCGGGAACCGUUGCCCGAAGAGUUGGACACGAAUUGUUGGACCAAUUGCGAGCGCUUGUCAAACAUAACGACCACGUGGUAGUGUUGGGCACCACAAGUAAGCCCUGGUCUGCGAACACAACGAUCGCAGAGUUGUUCCCCAAACGGGUUUACAUACCGGUGCCCGACGAAGACCAACGACUCGAUGUGAUUAAAGCAAACAUCGCUAAUACAGCCAACUCUUUGACCGAUCGAGACGUGCGCUGUUUGGCCAGAAAGACCCAGGGAUUCACCCGCGCGGACAUCCAGACACUGGUCAGUAUGGCGUUGAUGAGGGCCGGGAUAAUCGUCGAGAGGGCCACACAUUUUAAACAGGUUACCGAUCGGGCCAACAGUGACCCCGGAAUAAUGGCCAACGCUCUGUGGACCCCCUGUCCGUCCGAUGACCCUCUGGCUAUUGAGAUAUCCUGCGAUGAUGUGCUUCCGGAUCAGCUCUUGGAGCCCGUGAUAUCAAUAGACGAUGUGUUGUUCGUGUUAUCGAUGGUUAAGCCCAAUGUCAGCGACAGUGAUAUCGAGAGAUUGAAGAAGUUUUGCGAGUGA